AGCUCGUACCUUCCGACGGUCAGCCACAACUUUUGCGCAGCCACAAGUUCAAGCCAGUAAAAAUGCCGCGAGUACCCUGGAAAAGUCUCCAGUAGUGCAGGCCGUUGUGCGACGCAUGCAACAGCGGUCGGAGAUGCAGGCAAAGAUCCUUCCAGAUUCCAAUACCCAUGAGGACAAGCAAAUCAUGCAACGUAUUCAUGAAAUGGAGCCGUUGCGAGCCGCAUGGGAGGAAUGGGAAGACACUAGACAUUAGUUGCUCGAAGAGACCGCUAGACUCAUGCAAGACCCCGAUCCGACUAUGCAGUCGCUCGCUCGAGAGGAGCAGGACGAUUUGUUGACUAAGCUAACAGGUUUAGCAGAGAAAACUUUCCCUUCUCUGCUUGUGCCACCGUCACCAACGGCGCACCUUUCUGCUAUGCUCGAGUUGAAAGCAGGUGUCGGAGGUUCGGAAUCUUCUCUGUUUUUGACCGAGAUCAUGCGGAUGUACACUCGCUUGGCGCAGAUGAUGGGUUGGCAGGCGGUCGUGGUCACGAAUAGCACGACGGACCAUGGAGGCACGAAAGAUGCCGUGGUGGAAAUAAAGGGUGAGAAGGUCUAUGACAUGUUGAGGUGGGAGAGUGGGGUGCACCGAGUGCAACGAGUGCCCGCAACCGAGGUAAAUGGUCGGGUGCAUACGAGUACGGUCGCUGUCCUGGUCCUUCCCUUGGUAGAAGACAAAGGCUCGGAAGUUGAUGAGGACCUGUUCAAAAUGGACGAAGUUAGAAUAGAGGUUAUGCGUGCAAGAGGUGCCGGUGGACAGCACGUCAACAAAACAGAGUCCGCAGUUCGUUUGACGCAUAUACCGACCGGCAUCACUGUGUCGAUGCAGGAUGAGCGGAGCCAACACCAGAACCGUCGUCGUGCAUUCCUAGUUCUGCGAGCUCGCCUUAUGGAUCGCAAGCUGACCGAGGAGGUCACGAAUCGUCGGGACGUGCGCCGCAGUCUUGUUAGCAGCGUAGACCGGAGUGAGAAAAUCAGGACUUACAACUUCCCUCAGGACAGGGUCACAGAUCAUCGGAUUGGUUUAUCCCUCAGGAAUGUGGCCUCGGUUAUGGACGGAGGUGGCUUGCAGGAUUUUCUGGAUGGGCUGGCCAAGAAGCAUCAGGACGACUUGUUGGAAGAGGCAUUCAAUACGUUAUAGAUAUACUCA